CUCGGGUUUGAUUUUUGUUGUUGUGGUGACGUCGUGUGGGGGUGAAGACCUGGUACUAGCAUGGGAGUCAGGAGCAGUAGGGGUGCCUAACUUCGCCAACAUGGUCCUCUCCGACUCCAGCCAAGGAUUGUCACAAGUCGAGACUUGCAGUCUCACAAAACCCGCAUCAGCAACAACAGCUCUUGGUCGAGCCAUCUUGACGCUUUUUGCAGCUGUUGUCCUCGAUCGACUGUACCUCUUAUUAAGGCUACAGUAAAUGCAUCUUCCCUGGCAUCUUGGUCUCGUUUCUCAAGGGAAAACGGGAACCAGGAUGCUCACCAAGAUGGAUUUAUGCUAGGUCUAAUCUUACAGAGAGCCUUUGCUGCGCGAUUACGAACUUCCAGUCUGUUUGGCCACGAUUUUCAUAGUCGUACAGUAGGUUCUUUUCAUAGUCGUCCUAGCAGAGGGCCUGGCGGAGGACGUUUGUCCCGCGUGAGUGCUGCACGACUGCAGGGCCGAGAGUCGACGGACGGCGUCGAGAGCCUAGCCUUAUUACAACAUGACAAGGAGGAUCUACGAGGCACUCUCAGAGGAACCCUAGGAGGCACUCUGUGUGCAUCUCUGCCUAGCGAGGUUGCAGAGAUAGCGCAACAAGAACAGCGGAAACUGCGAGGGUCUAUGGCUAUGGGGGAAGAAGAUACAGACUCACUCAAUCAGCAUGUUGACGAAAAAAUCAAACGAACAAUAAGAGAUUCAUCACCAGCAGAGGGAGGACCGCUAGUAGUAGAUGAGGGACCACUACAAGAUUUCCUCGAUCCACAAGUAGAGACUCAGAGCGACGAUCAGUCAGGCGUAGUUCAGCGUGUAAUGUCUGGAACGAGGUGGAACAACAUACACCAUCUAUUUCUAGGAGACGAAGAAGGGGAUGAAGGAGCUGUGCUGAGUGAGCUGUUUCGAGCGCUGGAAGUAGGCGGAGGAGGGGGAUUAAUACAGUUGCAAUCUCAUCAAAGCAGCGCAAAAAAAGAGCAGCACAACAAAAUUCCAGAGCUUCUCCAGUAUGCUCUAGAAGCUCAACAUCAAUUUUCACACGAGCAUGGGCAACAGGCUAGUAUUUGGGAAAGCAGCGACGUGAACUCCGAUUUGAGAUUGCUUUUGCACGACUCCAUCCUAUCGUUGGCGAGCAAAGCUACUUCAGUGGGCGGGAACGACGAAGCAGCUGUGGAUAACCUGCUCAAAAUUGUCAAUAAUCGUCGUCGUGCAACUACGGAAGAGCGCCGUUCUGCACAGCGCCGUGAGCUAGCCAGCGUCGCUGCUGAUCUAGAGACCGUGUUGCUGAGACCGUUGCAGACACAAGCAACGCAACGUGCUGGAAAAUUUUUCGCAAGGCUUGCACUUGCCAGACAACGACAGCGGUUGGAAGAGGGGAAAGCACUGCGCAUACAAUCAGCGUUCCGGAGACUACAACAACAACGGGAGUUCAAAUGCAAACGAAGGUUUUGUCUCGCACUGCGCGUGGAAGCACUACGCAGACUGCUUCAGCCAAGGAACUCGAUUGUCCUCAACGUCUUUGCACGGAUAGAGUUGUUUGGAGAGCAGAGUCAACUUAUGAGAAGGUGAAGAUUUAUUGGAGGUUGUUACAUUCUACUUGGUUAUCUAUCAUGAUAUCUUCUGGCCUGAAGUCUAGUGAAUGACUUUUGACCGAUCACCCACCUUGAAGCCUAUCCCCUUUUCAUACCCCGCCCAGCCCUAGUGCGGACGACCAAGCUGCUUCCUGGAGUCGUUGACAGUGUCCGAGUUGAGGAGGACUUUCUUCUGGAUGUUUAUGAAAUACGAUAUUUGCAUCUGGCUGUUUGGUCUCUUGGUCAAGUAAGAGGCGAUGAAGUUGCGAGUUCAUCUCCAGCCGGGUUUCAUACAACAACAGACGAAUGCGCCGAAGAUGUGGAUUUAGUCGGUCGAUGUGUCGUCGAUCUUCAGGCUGAACUGCGCGAGGGGAUGAGGAGUAGUUCGGUAGAGUCUAAGUGGUUCUCUUUGUCAGAAAAGCCUGGUGCUGAUCGCGACAUCAAUACGAAAGGGGAAGUUUCUCUACGUUUGGAGUUUCUCGACGCAUGGCGCGACGCAAGGGCAACGCGUAAUGUGAAAGAGUGGCUAUUGCCAGAGAACAGAGCUCGGUAUUAUCUACAGAACAGUUUCUGGGGUGUGAAAUUGUAAAUUUUAGAUCCUUGUCUCUAUGUUGUCGUAGUUCCAUUUCGACAAAAAGAAGAUCCACUCGAAGAAAUUGCACAAUUUAAGCAACGAAUAUUUUUUCGAUUGUCGAAACUACUUCUCUCUGUCCGUCUCCGUCCAGAAAAAGAAUCAAAAUCCUUAUGCUUCAGCUUGAUCGAACAACCUAUGCAGUUGUAGACUCAAUAGAUCAAAGUUUCAGUUUACACAAAAUCGCUUGCAAAAUCUGUUGAUACAGUAAUACAAGUGAUAGUGAAGUGACAGUGUCACUCAGAAAACAAGAACUGUGAGCAAUAAUCAAUCAUGACUUAGUCCACGACUACGGACCCUUUUGCAAAGCUGUCAGACAACAAGAUCUCCCAAAAGCUCAUGCAGACCCUGUGGCUUACGCCACGGAGCAUCAAGUGCAUAGGUUGAGCUACACAACUCGAAUAAGAAUUACAAUCCAGAAAACGACGCUCAUCUGAUGAGAAAUGACGCUCUAGUGUCAGCACC